GUUCCAAUGAAACCUGCACUACAUUAUUUGUCAACAUGCAGGUGCAGUUCCGUAACCAGAACCAUAUAUCAACAAUUUUUUUCAACCUUUGUAAAUAAAUAUAUAUAUGUAAAAUGUAGAAUAAUAUACAACGUGAGAUGCUCUACUUGAUUCUUACAAACUCCAAAUCAAAACGUGGAGGCUACCACUAUCUCAAUGUUGUCAAUUUCAGACACAUUUUCAAACCUGUUCCUUUUCUUCCAUUCUUGAUUAAGGCCCUCUUCUCUAUAAAGGAUAUGUUGACAUAAGGGGCAAGGCUGCGUGGCAAGGCAGCUUCGGACAAACAUUGUUGUGUCUUGAUUUUGACCACUUAAGCUCAAUCCAGGCUCCCUCUAAUCAUGAACAACUUAAACUUUGAUGUCUGCCUUAUCCUGGUUGGCGUGCUGGGAUUUCAGGCAGCCAUUGCUUUGGCUAAUGAGUUCAACUAUGGCGAAGCUCUUGACAAAACCUUCAUGUUUUUUGAGGCACAAAGGUCAGGUAAACUACCCUUCGACCAGCGUGUCAAGUGGCGUGGUGAUUCGGGUCUCAAGGACGGAUCUCUUCGAGGGAUGGACUUGGUGGGAGGAUAUUAUGAUGCAGGGGAUCAUGUGAAGUUUGGGCUGCCAAUGGCAUUUACUGUGACAAUGCUUGCAUGGGGAACUAUUGAAUACAGGAAAGAAAUCACUAAUUUAAACCAAAUGGCACAUACUUUGUGGGCGAUCAGAUGGGGCACUGACUACUUCAUGAAGGCUCACACUCAGCCGAGUGUUCUAUGGGGACAGGUUGGCGAUGGGGAGUCUGAUCACUAUUGCUGGGAGCGGGCAGAAGACAUGACAACUCCAAGAACAGCUUAGAAGCUCGACCAGGAUCAUCCAGGAUCAGACCUUGCUAGUGAAACUGCUGCUGCUUUGGCUGCUGCUGCAAUAGCUUUCAUGCCUUACAACUCUUCUUACUCGGAUCUCCUCCUAGUUCAUGCCAAACAGCUUUUCUCAUUUGCGGAUAGAUUUAGAGGCCUAUACGAUGAUUCCAUCCAGUAUGCUAAGCAGUUUUAUACAUCAUCAGGUUAUUCAGAUGAAUUAUUGUGGGCUGCCACUUGGCUAUUCCGAGCAACUGGUGAGGAGCAAUAUCUGAAGUAUGUUGUAGAUAAUGCUGUCUACAUGGGUGGAACUGGAUGGGCAGUCAAGGAGUUCUCUUGGGACAACAAGUAUGCUGGUGUGCAAAUCCUUCUUUCAAAGGUAUUGAUGGAGCAAAAAGGUGGUGCAUACACUUCAACAUUAAAGCAAUACCAGGCUAAAGCAGAUUACUUCGCCUGUGCUUGUCUGCAAAAGAAUGAUGGCUACAAUGUCCACCUGACUCCUGGAGGUUUGAUGUAUGUUCGUCAAUGGAACAAUCUCCAAUAUGUCUCAUCUGCGGCAUUUCUUCUUGCUGUCUACUCUGAUUAUCUCUCUGCAGCAAAUGCUAAACUCACUUGUCCUGAUGGCCAAAUUCGACCACAUGAAGUUCUAAAUUUUGCUCUGUCACAGGCUGAUUACAUUCUUGGCAAAAAUCCCAAGUCUGUGAGCUACUUGGUUGGUUAUGGACCAAAAUAUCCAACUCACGUCCAUCACAGAGGUGCUUCAAUUCCCUCAAUCUCAGUUCUCCCGUCGAUAGUGCGCUGUAUCCAAGGAUUCGAGGCCUGGUACCGCCGCCUUGAAGCGGAUACCAAUGUCAUAUACGGUGCACUGGUGGGAGGACCUGACCAGAAUGAUAACUUCAAUGAUGACCGUUCCAACUACGAGCAAACUGAGCCUACACUUUCUGGUGCUGUACCGCUUGUAGGCCUCUUCUCUAAGCUCGAAAGCCUAUAUGGAAACAUAGGUAAGAAACGCUUUCUCAUCUUAUUAGUCCGUACAAUAAACGACCAACAACAUACAAACCAAAUGCAUCUGGUCAAGUUCAUAUAUUACGUACUUCCACAGACUAUCAUCACCAGCAAACACUGGCACCCAGCACAUCUUCAGAAAUGUUCAGGUGUCCCAGUUGAGUUCCUUCACUCAAUAACCAGCACAUGGAGUGCUGGUAGAACGACUUACUACCGGCACAAGGUAUUAAUCAAGAAUAAAUCUGAAAAGCCGAUAACAGAUCUUAAGCUGUUGGUCGAGGACCUGUCCGGUACCUUAUGGGGCCUCUCUCCAACUCCACAAAAGAACACCUAUGAGCUUCCACACUGGCUUAAAAACUUGAAACCGGGUUCAGAGUGCAGCUUCAUUUACGUUCAAGGAGGACCCCAAGCCAAGGUUUCAAUUCUCAGCUACCAUUUACUCCACCAACACUUCAUACCCACAUACUAAUAUUAUACACCUUUGGCUGUGACUCUAACGUUCUGUACGUAAAC